AUGUUGUCUUCCUCCCUUGCACCUGUGGUGUUUGCCGCAGCUGUUCAGGCGACCACGCACCAUAUUAUCGUCGGUUCGGCCCAGGUAGAUACACUAUUCACUCUCGAGUAUGAUGAUAGUACAAGCGACUUCUCACUACUCGCAAACAUCAGUGUGCCAAGUGCUCAUCAAUGGCUCACAUUCAGUCACGACAAGAAAAACUUGUACGGCACUGGCGAUGCAUCUACCAUGCAAAUAGUCAGCUACACUGUCGAAAACGCCACAAGCUUAAUUUAUAACACCACGAAUAUGAUAGGGACAUGCGCCACGACAACUGUCCAUGCGGAGGCCCUUCAAGUCGAGCCAUACGGUGUCUACGGAGUUUCUUACGGCAGCGGCUCAAACUGUGGUGGCGUGGCCGAGGUAGAUGAGCGCGGGGUUAUCAUUGCGUCCAUCCAGAACUACACCUACGCGAGCGCAUCGUCCCUCCACGGCAACGGGUUCCAUCCUUCUGGUGAUUACCUGUACACCGCCGACAUGGGCACCAAGGCCGUGUGGACUCACAAGGUCGACCGCACCACUGGCGCGGUAUCAUUUGUAUCCCAGGGUAACUACACAGGCGGCUCGCCGAGGCACGUCGUCGCACACCCGUCUGGCAAGUAUGCGUACGCCAUGACUGAGUCCUCGAGCGAGGUUGUACUGUAUAACAUCGACAACUCCACCGGUGCAGCCUCUUUCUCGGGGACUGCUUACGGCAUUGUUCCAGCGAAUUCGAGCGGCACGCACCGCGGCGAGACAGCCCGUGUUUCCAAAUCGGGUACGUUGCUGUACGCCACCACUCGCGCCAACAGUUCCGACCCGGCCGCCAUCGACGGCUUCGUAUCGGGCUUCACUUUGGACACUGAAGGCAACAUCCUGAGCCAGGACUUUAUCGAGGCGACCACGACGGGCGGUGGCACCUCCAACAUGGUUGUUCCGGCCAUCUGGGACGACAAUCUGUUCGUCAUUAUCGACGCUAUUGACGGCAAUGUGGAGAUGUGGCAACGGGCCGACGAUGGGGCAAGCGCGGCCAAGAUUGCAAGCGUGCCACUUGGAGUCGAACAUCUGAUGAGCGGACUUUGGUAUGAUUAA